AUGACCUCCACAACCACCCCUUCCCUCCCGCGCUUGCCGGACGAGAUACACCCUCACCAGGAAGAACCUGACACCCAUCAACAACCAAACGAAAACGAGCCCCUCUUAGGCCGACCAGGCGACGCAAUCCAACGCCCCAACGCCCCCAUGUACCGCAACCUCUAUCUCGGUUUGUUUCCCCCUUUUCCCCUCCCAUUUCCCCCUUUGACUAACCUCCCCUCAACAGGAACCGGCAUCCUCUCCCAAACCGGCCUCCUCCUCCUCCUCCUCUCAAUCCUCAUCCCCCUCCUAACCCACCACCCCCUUUUACCUCUCUUAGUGCCCCACCCAAUCCUCCAACUCACCGGCCUCCUCGUCGCAACAGAAGCAAUCCUCCUCCUCCAACCAACAACAAAAUCCCUCCCCCUAGCCAAAACCCGCGCGGCCAAAUUCCACGCCUGGCUUCACCUUUUAUCCUUUUUGCUCUUCCUAUCAGGAACAGUAAUAAUCGAAACAAACAAACACGCCAACAAACUGCCUCACUUCCACUCUGUGCACGCUUAUUUGGGGGUUGCGACAGUCUCGUUGCUGGGACUGCAGUAUCUGUUUGGGUUCACGAUUUAUGUCACGCCCAGUGUGUGGGGAGGGGAGGAAAAGGCAAAGAAGGUCUGGAAGUGGCAUCGGUAUCUUGGGUAUGGGGUUUUGUUGAUGAUUCUGGCGACUACGGGGAGCGCGGCGUGGACGGAUUAUGUAAAGGGGCAGUUGGGGGUGUCGAGAGUGGGAGUGGUGUUGGGGGUUGUGUUGGUUGCGGGGGGCGUGUUUCCUAGGAUUCAGCUGGGGAAGUUGGGGUUGAGGGAGUAUUGA